AUGUCACCCACUUCUACAACUACCGCUCAACCUCGUCGAGAUCAGAUAUACACUUCGACAAUCUCUCCACCACAUCUACCAAGGAUGUCAGUCUACCAUUACUUAUUCCCAUUUAAGAAAUACAAGUCCAAACACCGUUCGAGGUUUUUGUACUACCCUGAUCCGAACCUUGAGAAACCAUCAUUCAUCGAUGGAAUAACAGGAAGGUUCGUCACGAGAGCACAAGUGGAAGAACAAUCCAAGAUGCUCGCCACGGGGUUGAAGAUUAAGGGAAUUGAAAGGACGGAAAUUGGUUGUAUUUUCGGGAUGAAUAGUCUGGAAUGGAUCAAUGCUUGUUUUGGGAUGCAGGCGUUGGGAGCGGUGGUCAGUCCUGCGAAUUAUGCUUACACACCCGACGAGCUGCUCCAUCAACUUCGCGAUUCCACCUCAUCAUUCGCCUUCGUCCAACCCGCCCUCUUACCUACUUUCCUCAAAGCUUUGGAGCUCGAUCCCAACUAUUCUAUUCCGGAUAACAGGAUAUUCCUAUUAUGUACGAAAGAGGAAAAGGAACAUCUCAAAGGAAAAGGUUCAGAAGCCGAAAAAGGAUGGAUGGAUAGAUUCUUGUGUACAGAGGAGUUAUGGGAGAAAUCCGGAACACCCAAGAGAUUCCAAGAUGGGAUGGAAGAGAGGACGGCGUAUCUGUGUUACUCUAGUGGAACGACGGGCAGGGGUAAGGGAGUGGAAACCAGUCAUCAUAAUAUGACAUCUCAGGUACAAGCUUUGAAUUGUUCUUACGAGCCGAUCAAAUAUAAGGAUGUCAUUUUGGCUAUGUUGCCUUUUAGUCAUAUCUAUGGCUUGACAGUGACACUGCACCAACCUCUUACUGUCAACGGUACAGUCGUGAUUCUACCUCGUUUCGAAGAGAUGAACUUCCUUAAGGCUGUUGAAAGGUUCAAAGUGACUUGGGCACUAGUGGUCCCACCGAUGUUAAUAGCCUUACUGAACUCACCCAAUGUGGCAAAAUUCGAUAUCUCCUCGAUCCGAGGGUUCAUGUCGGGUGCUGCACCCUUAUCGUCCGACCUGAUUCAAGCGUUCGAAAAGAAAUUCCCACAUAUCAAGAUGACACAGGGGUAUGGUCUAACAGAGACCACACCUGUUUCUCACGUGAUGAACCUUGAAGAAGCUCGAGGAAAAGGUAGGAACGGUAAAAUCGGUAGGGUCAUACCCACCUAUCAAGCUAGAUUGGUAGAUCAGGAGACAGGUAAAGAUGUGGAACCGUCUAAAGGUGAACGAGGAGAACUGUGGUUGAGAGGUCCAAGUGUUAUGAAAGGGUAUUGGAGGAAUGCACAAGCUACUCAGGAGGUAUUUGCUGAAGGAGGAUGGUUCAAAACUGGAGAUGUAGCUAUGAGAGAUGAAGAUGGUUAUUUCUCUAUCGUGGACAGAGUGAAAGAAUUAAUCAAAUACAAAGGAUUCCAAGUCCCACCUGCCGAAUUAGAAGCUCUAUUGAUCACUCAUCCGGAUAUAGCGGAUGUGGGAGUGAUUGGUGUUUAUUCGAAAGAACAAGCUACGGAAUUGCCCAGAGCAUAUAUUGUACCUAAAUCCGGAAUGUCCUCAUUCCCAACCCCACAAUCGAGAUUGGACUUCACGAACAAAGUGCAAGAGUGGGUAUCAGGUAAAGUAGCGAAUCAUAAAAGGUUAAGAGGUGGGGUGAUCUUGGUGGAUAUCAUACCGAAGUCCCCAAGUGGAAAGAUCCUAAGGAAGGAUCUUAGAGCGAGGGCGGUGAAGGAGGAGGAAGAUAAAGUGAAAGAAGGUAGAGUAGCUAAGUUGUAG